CAUGUGUGUUUCCAUAACCUGUAAACAACACGGUGUUUAAAAAAAAAAAGACAUCCAGUGGUAGAAAACAUUUUAUAAUUUAUGCCUUGAUUGUUAUUUUCGAAUGUCGUGUUGGAUGCGAAUUUUAUUUAUUUAUUUAUUAGUUGAUAUAAAAAUAACGUAGGUUAUUUGAGAGUACUUAAAAUGGGAAGAAAGAAAGGGCACAACUGGAAAGCGAGGAAGGUGGCUAAUGUUGAAAUCGACGACUCGGCCACGAAAAAGAUUGCAGUUAAUGUUAAUGUUCGGAAAGAAAAGUUUGAUGACUGCAAUGCCCUUGUUUUGCCCAACAAAAAAAGAGAAACUAAAAGCAAAGACAAACCAAAAAAGCUCUCUUUGAAUCCGAAAAAGAAGAAAAGAUUGGAAAAAGUAUUGAGAGACAAAAAGAAAAAAGAAGAGAGAGUAAAAUUAUUGGAUGAAUUAUCCAAAACUACAGUCCCUGAAGAAGAGCUACAACAAUACGUCUCACUGACUACAAUUCAAACCAAGGGGUUGAAAAGACAUAUUCAAGAAACUGAAUUAGAGUCCAAAAUAAGUCCUGAAGUGCUGAGCAAAAGCAACACCACAGUAGACCCAGUUGUACAUUCACGAAAAGGUGUGAAGAAAAGAAGAUUAACUAUAUUGAACAAAAUUUUUAAUCAUCCAAACAAAGUGAAGGACCCAAACACUCUUGAUAUCGAUGAAUCUAGUGAAGAUGAUGAAGAUGAAGUGGAACCUGAAAAAAAUGGAAAUGAAAUAAGUGUUGGACUGGUUGAAGAAAAUAAAGCAAAAGAGAAUGAUGAAGCAUCUAAGAGCAAAGAUAAAGCAGAGGUGCAAGAAUCUGAUGAAAAGAGAAUUACGGAGAUUUCUAAAGAAAAGAAGAAAUCUGAAGAUCAAAAAGAGAUAGAACCUUCAGAAAACAAAGAUAUGCCAAAAAAAAAUCCAAAAGUAGUGGAAAAGAAGCCAGCCGUGUUUGUGGCUGUAGAUAGAAAGCCAGAAGUUCAAGAAGCUAGAAUGAAGCUUCCAAUUUUGGCUGAUGAGCAGUCAGUAGUGGAAGCUAUAAAUGAAAACCCUGUGGUCAUCAUCACUGGUGAAACUGGAAGUGGUAAAACUACACAAGUACCCCAAUUUCUCUAUGAGGCAGGCUAUGCAAAAGAUAAAAUGAUUGGUAUCACAGAACCCAGAAGAGUAGCUGCCAUUUCUAUGAGCAAAAGAGUUGCCGAAGAAAUGAAUUUGACUGACAAAGAGGUGUCUUAUUUGAUUCGAUUCGAAGGUAACACUACUCCAGAAACUAAAAUCAAAUUCAUGACUGAUGGUGUUUUGUUGAAAGAAGUUCAAAAUGAUUUUCUCUUGAAAAAGUAUUCGGUCAUUAUUUUGGACGAGGCUCACGAACGUAGUGUAUACACAGACAUAUUGAUCGGCUUAUUAACACGAAUCGUGUCACUUCGUACUAAAAGAAACGAGCCUCUCAAACUGAUCAUUAUGUCGGCUACGUUGAGAAUCGAAGAUUUUGUGAAUAACUCUAGGCUUUUUAAAGUUAAACCCCCGAUAAAAACCGUCGAGUCCAGACAGUUUCCGGUAACGAUACAUUUCAAUAGAAAAACUAAUCCAGAUUACGUGAAGGAAGCGAUAAGGAAAGCCGCGAAAAUCCACACUCAACUCCCCGAGGGUGGAAUCUUAAUAUUCCUAACUGGUCAGAAGGAAGUGAAUACAGUAGUGCGACGAUUGCGCAAGGCCUUUCCAUACCGGGAACAGAAGUGCGAUGUAGUUUCAAAAGAAAAGACAGAAAACAAUGAGAAAAAUAAAAACGAGAAGGACAUCGCUGACAACGACGGAAAUUCAGAGGACGAGUUUUUCACGAAGAACGCCAAAAAUAGACGGAAAAAGAUAGCCCAAUUGAAGCUGCCUCAAGUCUCUCUUGACGCUUACUCUGCCGUACCAGACGACGGUCACGAUGACCUCAUUGAUCUCGAAAACGAGGAAGAGGACGAGAAUGACGACGAGGACGAGGAUGAAGAGGAUAUCGACAUGAGUGGCUCGUCGAAUUCACAGCCUCUCUGGGUCCUUCCGCUCUACUCGCUGCUGCCCAGUUAUAAACAAGCCAAAGUGUUUGAGCCGCCCCCAGAAGGAUAUCGUCUGUGCGUGGUAUCGACGAACGUGGCCGAAACUUCUCUAACGAUUCCAAACAUAAAGUAUGUAGUCGAUAGCGGCAAGUGUAAAACAAAAAUGUACGAUAAGGUAACAGGUGUAACAACCUUCAUGAUCACAUGGGCAAGUAAAGCAGCUGCUAAUCAGAGAGCUGGCAGGGCAGGCCGAAUGGGACCUGGUCACUGUUAUAGGCUUUACUCGUCCGCGGUGUUCAAUGAUCAGUUCGAGGCAUUCAGUGAACCGGAGAUUCGCAGGAAGCCAGUCGAUGAUUUGCUUCUGCAGAUGAAAGUCAUGAAUAUCGAUAAGGUUGUUAAUUUUCCGUUCCCAACACCUCCGGGAGAAGAGCAGCUAAAAAUGGCAGAAAAACGGUUGUGCGUGCUCGGGGCUCUUCAGCAAAAUCACUUGAGGAAAAAAGAUCUCUAUUGCGCCAAGAUAACCGAUCUGGGCAGGACCAUAGCCACUUUCCCGGUUCUUCCUCGCUACGGAAAAAUGCUAGCCCUAUCCCAGCAGCACAAUCUUCUAGCGUACACAGUGUGCAUGGUCGCAGCUCUAUCAGUGCAAGAACUGUUAAUCGAAGCCAGCUCUUCCGAGGAAGAAGUGAAAAACAAGUGGAUACAAACUCGACGUUUCUGGUCGGGCACGGGUAACAGUUUGUUUCUUGGUGACCCGAUGGUUUUCAUUCGAGCUGUCGGGGCUGCCGAAUUCGCGUCGAUAAAGGGAAAAUUUUCGCAGUUCUGCCAAGAACACGGGUUGCGAGAAAAGGCUAUGACUGAAAUUAGAAAGCUGAGGCAUCAGUUGACCAAUGAAAUAGUGUUGGGUGUACCUGGUUUGGAUUUGAGCAUCGAUCCCAAAAUGCCACCUCCAACAGAUAUGGAAGCAAAAUUGCUCCGUCAGAUUAUUCUCGCUGGUAUGUCCGAUCAAGUUGCUCACAAGCUUUCUCCAGAGGAAAUCAAAGAGUACAUUAAUAACAGCGAAGGUGGUAAAACGAAAUGGAAAUACGCCUACAAAACUACGGAAAUGGAAGAACCUGUUUUUAUGCACACGUCGUGUGUCUUGCGCAAAUCAGCCCCCGAAUGGGUCGUGUAUCAAGAGCUGUACGAAACGACAAAAACUUACAUGCGAGGCGUUACAGCCAUCGAACCAGAGUGGCUGCCAAAGUUUGCACCUACUUUAUGCUCACUGAGUGAUCCCAUGGUCGAUCCUCCACCUCGGUACGAUGAAGAAACAGGAAAAGUAAUGUGUCACAGAACCGGAACGUUUAGUCCCGCUGCAUGGGAAUUACCUGCAAUUGAAAUUGAAUUUCCUAAAGAUUUGGAGGGUAUCAAGUGGUUUGCGCGCUUUUUUUUGGAAGGCAAAAUUUUUCCUAAGUUGAAAAAGUAUGUCAAGUCAUUGAUAUCGACGCCAAGUAGCGUCAACAAAUCAUACGCAAAUUUGCUGCCACGUGUAGAAAUGAUUACUCAAAUGCUUUUGUCUAAAGGAGUCAUGUCGAGAGACAAGAUGAUCGAAGUUUGGAAAGAAGACUCACACUUUUUACUAUCAGCGUAUCAGAAAUGGCUGCCGGAAUCUGCACAUGCAGAAGUAAUGCUUAUGUGGCCACCAAUGUAA